CAUAUCUUAAGAAGUUGGUUGUGAGGAGGAAGACUUGGAGAAAAAGAAUCCUGCAAUGUAGAAGCCCAGUACGUUCACACUAUCUUCUAGUUAUGAAGAUAAUUCAAAAGACUGGAGCUUGAAAUCAGGCUGUCAUUUCUUCACAUGAGAGCAGGACCUAAUUUAUUUUUUCCUGUACCAUCAUUUGUGUGCUAUGUCUUAUUGAAAAGUUGGACAUAGGGACAAGAAAAGAGGUGGAUGGAAUGGGAGCACCUGAAAUAAAAUACGGAGAUUCAAUAUGCUUCAUACAACAUGUAGAUAGAGGCUUAUGGCUCACGUACCAGUCCGCUGAUGCAAAGUCAGUAAGAAUGGGUUCUGUGCAGCGAAAGGCUGUAAUGCACCAUGAAGGUCACAUGGAUGACGGUUUAACAUUGUCCAGAUCUCAGAAUGAAGAAUCCCGUACAGCACGUGUCAUCCGUAGUACAGUCUUCCUUUUCAAUAGGUUUAUAAGGGGCCUUGAUGCUCUCAGCAAGAAAGUGAAGUCUUCCACUGUUGAUUUGCCUAUCGAGUCAGUCAGUCUGAGCCUUCAGGACUUGAUUGGCUACUUUCACCCCCCUGAUGAACAUUUGGAGCAUGAAGACAAACAAAACAGGCUCCGAGCACUGAAGAAUCGCCAGAACCUCUUCCAGGAAGAGGGUAUGAUCAACCUUGUUCUUGAAUGUAUUGAUCGCUUGAAUGUAUACAGCAGUGCAGCUCAUUUUGCAGAUGUAGCUGGGAAGGAAGCUGGAGAAGCAUGGAAAUCUAUUCUGAAUUCUUUGUAUGAAUUACUAGCGGCUCUGAUUCGAGGGAACCGUAAAAACUGUGCUCAAUUUUCAGGAUCUCUUGAUUGGUUGAUCAGCAGAUUAGAAAGACUGGAAGCCUCUUCUGGAAUUCUGGAGGUUUUACACUGUGUGUUGGUGGAAAGCCCAGAAGCUCUAAAUAUUAUUAAGGAAGGACAUAUUAAAUCAAUUAUCUGUCUUUUGGACAAACAUGGAAGAAACCAUAAGGUUUUGGAUGUUUUAUGUUCUCUCUGUGUUUGUCAUGGAGUUGCUGUGCGGUCUAAUCAACAUCUAAUCUGUGAUAAUCUCCUGCCAGGAAGAGAUCUGCUCUUACAAACACGCCUUGUCAACCAUGUGAGCAGCAUGAGACCCAAUAUCUUCUUGGGGAUUAGUGAAGGUUCUGCCCAGUACAGAAAAUGGUACUAUGAGCUUAUGGUGGACCAUCUAGAGCCCUUUGUGACCGCAGAAUCAACUCAUCUACGAGUGGGCUGGGCUUCAACUGAGGGCUACUCACCAUAUCCAGGGGGAGGAGCAGAAUGGGGAGGAAAUGGUGUUGGUGAUGACUUGUAUUCCUAUGGCUUUGAUGGUCUGCAUCUGUGGUCAGGUUGUGUAGCACGAACAGUAAAUUCUCCCAACCAACAUCUAUUAAGAACUGACGAUGUUAUUAGCUGCUGUUUGGACCUGAGUGCCCCAAGCAUCUCUUUCCGGAUAAAUGGUCAGCCAGUUCAAGGAAUGUUUGAGAAUUUCAACAUAGAUGGCCUCUUCUUCCCAGUUGUCAGCUUCUCUGCAGGAAUAAAGGUACGUUUCUUGCUUGGAGGUCGCCAUGGAGAGUUCAAGUUCCUUCCUCCACCUGGAUAUGCCCCUUGCUUUGAAGCUGUUCUACCGAAAGAGAAGUUGAAAGUGGAGCAUAGCCGGGAGUACAAGCAGGAUUGUAGCUAUACAAGAGACCUACUGGGCCCCACUAUGUCCCUGUCACAAGCAGCUUUCACUCCAGUUCCUGUAGAUACUAGCCAGAUUGUUCUUCCUCCCCACCUGGAAAGGAUUAGAGAAAAAUUAGCAGAGAACAUCCAUGAACUAUGGGUUAUGAAUAAGAUUGAACUUGGCUGGCAGUAUGGACCAAUUAGAGAUGACAACAAAAGACAACACCCAUGCUUAGUGGAGUUCUCAAAAUUGCCAGAGCAGGAAAGAAAUUAUAACUUGCAAAUGUCACUUGAAACACUGAAUUGCUUUUUCCUGUUCAGAGCAUUAACAAAGGAUGAUUAUCUGCAUGCAACACUACUUUUCUCGGAAUACUUGUAUUAUAUUAUUAAAAAAUUUGCCAGAACCCUGCUGGCAUUAGGCUGCCAUGUUGGAAUUGCUGAUGAGCAUGCUGAAGAAAAGGUGAAAAAAAUGAAACUUCCAAAGAACUACCAGUUAUUGAGUGGAUAUAAGCCAGCUCCCAUGGAUCUGAGUUUUAUCAAACUGACCCCCUCUCAAGAAGCUAUGGUGGACAAACUAGCAGAGAAUGCUCACAAUGUGUGGGCAAGGGACCGUAUAAGGCAAGGCUGGACAUACGGUAUCCAGCAGGAUGUGAAAAAUCGCCGAAAUCCUCGCCUUGUACCUUAUACUCUAUUGGAUGAUCGGACAAAGAAGUCAAACAAAGACAGUCUUCGAGAAGCAGUCCGCACCCUGCUCGGCUAUGGUUACAACCUGGAAGCUCCUGAUCAAGAUCAUGCAACAAGACUGGAUGUGUGCAGUGGGAUAAUGGAAAAAUUCAGGAUCUUCCGCACAGAAAAGACUUAUGCAGUGAAGGCUGGGAAGUGGUACUUUGAGUUUGAGGCAGUUACUGCAGGAGACAUGAGAGUUGGCUGGACCAGGCCAGGUUGUCUGCCAGAUCAGGAACUUGGCUCAGAUGAAGAAGCUUUUGUUUUUGAUGGCUUUAAGGCACAGCGGUGGCAUCAGGGUAAUGAGCAUUUUGGCCGCUCUUGGUUGGCAGGAGAUGUUGUUGGAUGUAUGGUUGACAUGAAUGAGCACACUAUGAUGUUCACCUUAAAUGGUGAGAUUCUGCUUGAUGACUCAGGUUCAGAACUUGCAUUCAAGGACUUUGAGGCUGGUGAUGGAUUUCUACCUGUGUGCAGCCUGGGCCCAUCUCAAGUGGGAAGAAUGAACUUUGGAAAAGAUGUCAGCACUCUAAAAUAUUUCACUAUCUGUGGCUUACAGGAAGGGUAUGAACCCUUUGCUGUUAAUACAAACAGAGACAUCACCAUUUGGCUGAGUAAAAGGCUCCCUCAGUUUCUACCAGUGCCACAAAAUCAUGAACAUAUUGAGGUGAUGAGAAUUGAUGGCACCAUAGACAGCUGCCCCUGCCUGAAGGUCACACAGAAGUCCUUUGGUUCGCAGAACAGCAAAACAGAUGUCAUGUUUUUUCGAUUAAGCAUGCCCAUUGAAUGUGCUGAGGUGUUCUCCAGAUCAGCUGCAGGAGGGUUACCAGGCUCUGGUCUGUUUGGCCCGAAGAAUGACUUGGAGGAUUAUGAUGCUGAUUCUGAUUUUGAGGUUCUAAUGAAAACUGCUCAUGGUCAUCUAGUUCCUGACCGGACAGAAAGAGAAAAAGAUGCCCUGAAAUCAGAGUUAAACAACCAUAAAGAUUAUGUUCAAGAAAAGCCUUCACGUCUUAAACAAAGAUUUAUGCUCAGGAGGACAAAGCCAGAUUAUAGCAUGAGUCACUCUGCACGGCUUACUGAGGAUGUGCUAGCAGAUGAUAGGGAUGACUAUGAUUAUUUGAUGCAAACUUCCACGUACUAUUAUUCAGUGAGAAUAUUUCCUGGUCAAGAACCUGCUAAUGUCUGGGUGGGCUGGAUUACAUCUGACUUUCACCAGUAUGAUACAAGCUUUGACUUGGACAGAGUGCGUACUGUCACAGUUACACUGGGAGAUGAAAAAGGGAAGGUUCAUGAGAGUAUAAAACGCAGCAACUGCUAUAUGGUGUGCGCAGGAGAGAGCAUGAGCCCUGGACAAGGACGUAAUAAUAAUGGUCUGGAGAUUGGUUGCUUGGUUGAUGCUGCCAGUGGCCUGCUGACCUUCACAGCUAAUGGCAAGGAACUAGGCACAUACUAUCAGGUUGAACCGAGUACAAAGUUAUUUCCUGCUGUAUUUGCACAAGCUACAAGCCCCAAUGUUUUCCAGUUUGAGUUGGGAAGAAUAAAGAAUGUAAUGCCAUUAUCUGCUGGCUUAUUCAAAAGUGAACACAAAAACCCAGUCUCUCAAUGUCCUCCACGUCUCCAUGUCCAAUUUCUGACUCAUGUGCUUUGGAGCAGAGUGCCAAACCACUUCUUGAAGGUUGAUGUGUCUCGGAUUAGUGAACGUCAAGGCUGGAUGAUACAGUGUCUGAAUCCUUUGCAGUUCAUGGCCCUUCAUAUUCCCGAAGAAAACAGAACAAUUGAUAUUUUAGAGCUGACAGAACAAGAAGAAUUACUGAAAUUUCACUACCAUACCCUCCGAUUAUAUUCAGCAGUUUGUGCUUUAGGCAACAAUCGAGUGGCCCAUGCUAUGUGUAGCCAUGUGGAUGAAUCUCAGCUCCUGUAUGCUAUUGAGAAUAAAUAUAUGCCAGGAUUAUUACGUGCAGGAUAUUAUGAUUUACUCAUUGACAUCCAUCUCAAUACCUAUGCAACUGCAAGGUUAAUGAUGAAUAAUGAAUUUAUAGUUCCAAUGACAGAUGAGACCAAGAGUAUUACUUUGUUUCCUGAUGAAAACAAAAAACAUGGCCUCCCUGGUAUAGGACUUAGCACUUCAUUAAGGCCAAGAAUGCAGUUCUCCUCUCCGAGUUUUGUAAGCAUUAGCAGUGAAUGCGUUCAGUUCAGUCCUGAAUUCCCUUUGGAAAUCUUAAAGACCAAAACCAUAGAGAUGCUGACCGAAGCUGUUCAGGAGGGCAGCCUCCAUGUCAGAGAUCCAGUUGGAGGUUCUACAGAAUUUCUGUUUGUCCCUCUCAUCAAGCUCUUUUAUACCCUCCUAAUUAUGGGAAUCUUCCACAAUGGGGAUCUGAAACACAUCUUGCAGUUGAUUGAGCCCCGGGUUUUCAAAGAAGCAAUGAGCCAGGAGGAUGAAGUUGAUUUCUCAGAGAAGGAGCUGAGUUCAGGUGAGCUCAAGUCAGAAGAAGGAGAGGAAGAAACCAAAGGGGAGCAAGUGCCAAAGGAAGGACUCCUUCAGAUGAAACUUCCAGAACCUGUUAAAUUACAGAUGUGUCAUCUACUCCAGUACCUGUGUGAUUGCCAAGUACGACACCGAAUAGAAGCCAUUGUAGCAUUUUCGGAUGAUUUUGUGGCCAAGCUUCAAGAGAAUCAACGCUUCCGAUACAAUGAAGUGAUGCAGGCCCUGAACAUGUCUGCUGCCCUGACAGCUAGAAAAACAAAAGAAUUUCGAUCCCCACCUCAGGAACAGAUUAACAUGCUGCUGAACUUUAAAGAUGAUAAAAAUGAUUGUCCUUGCCCUGAAGAAAUUCGGGAUCAGCUUUUGGAUUUCCAUGAAGACCUAAUGACACACUGUGGAAUUGAACUAGAUGAAGAUGGAAGCUUGGAUGGAAACAGUGAUUUAACCAUUAGGGGGCGCCUCCUAUACCUUAUGGAAAAAGUUACAUAUCUGAAGAAGAAGCAAGCUGAGAAGCCAGUUGAUGAUGAUGUUAAGACAUCCUCUACUCUUCAGCAGCUGAUUUCAGACACAAUGGUACGCUGGGCCCAGGAAUCAGUCAUAGAAGACCCGGAGUUAGUGAGGGCCAUGUUUGUAUUACUACAUCGCCAAUAUGAUGGUAUUGGUGGCCUGGUUCGAGCACUACCAAAGACCUACACCAUAAAUAGUGUUUCUGUGGAAGACACAAUCAAUCUUCUGGCAUCCCUUGGCCAAAUCCGUUCCUUGCUUAGUGUCAGAAUGGGGAAGGAGGAAGAGAAACUGAUGAUUCGUGGAUUAGGAGACAUCAUGAAUAAUAAAGUGUUUUACCAACAUCCAAAUCUCAUGAGAGCUUUAGGCAUGCAUGAAACUGUCAUGGAAGUGAUGGUAAAUGUGCUUGGUGGAGGAGAAUCUAAGGAAAUCACUUUCCCAAAGAUGGUGGCAAACUGCUGUCGUUUUCUAUGUUAUUUUUGCCGCAUCAGCAGGCAGAAUCAAAAAGCUAUGUUUGAUCAUCUUAGCUAUUUACUGGAAAACAGCAGUGUUGGCCUUGCCUCUCCUUCUAUGCGAGGAUCAACUCCUUUAGACGUUGCAGCAGCCUCUGUGAUGGAUAAUAACGAACUUGCACUAGCUUUAAGGGAGCCUGAUCUAGAGAAGGUUGGUAGCUUCUUUACUAAGCAUUUUUUUCCCCUGUAG